UCUUAUAGGAGAACUUGUGAAAAAAAACUUCAUAAAAGAGUGUUAUUAGUCGAAGAAGGUGAAGAUGGCUGCUGCAGCUUCAUCUCUGCGACUCACACUGUCUCCAUUGCUGAGAAAAGUUCCAUACACAAAUAGUACACCCAUUAUUGGGAACAGAAGAAGAUGGGAAUGUUUUCGUUACUGCUCAUUUUCAUCUACGCCACAAUCAUAUUCAUGGCAACCAUUUCGUAAGAAAAAGGUUGUUAUGCGUAUUGCUUACACCGGCACCAAUUACCGAGGUCUCCAAAUGCAACGUGAUCAAAAUUCACUCUCCACUGUUGAGAAAGAACUAGAAAGUGCGAUAUUCAAAGCUGGUGGCAUCCGUGAGAGUAAUUUAGGGGAUCUGGAGAAAAUUGGAUGGGCCAGAAGUAGCCGAACCGACAAAGGAGUUCACUCUCUCGCAACAAUGGUAGCAUUUAAAAUGGAAAUCCCAGAAAACUCUUGGAAUGAAGACCCUUUUGGCUUUGCCCUUGCAAAUUAUGUUAAUUCUUAUCUUCCUUGCGAUAUCAAAGUAAUAAGCAUUUUACCGGCACAAAGAAGCUUUGAUCCUAGAAAGGAAUGCGUUUUGCGGAAAUAUUCCUACCUACUCCCUGCUGAUAUUAUUGGUAUUCAAAGCCACUCUAGCAAUGAUGAAAUUGAUUACCACAUGUCGGAGUUCAACGAUAUUCUCAAAGAAUUUGAGGGGGGACAUCCUUUCCAUAAUUAUACAUCUAGGUCGAGGUACAGAAGACAUAUUCCUCGUCGACCCUCACAUUCAAAGUGCGGCGAGAUUUUAUCAGCUUACAAUUCAGAACAAGAGGAUAGUGACGAGGAAGAAAAUUUUAAAGUUGAUGAAGCUCUUACAGGAAACAUAGAAUGCCAAAACCAAAAGUCUUCAGGAACUUCUGAUUCUUGCGAACCUGUUAUUGAGACCGGCAAUAAAGGAAAUUUGCAUGAUCAAAGUUCUAGUUCGGUUGUUCGUGCAAAAUGGUUAUAUGAACCUGAUGAAGCAGACAGAUUAAAUGCUUCCCAUUUCAGAAGAGUUUUUAGGUGUUCUUCUGGAAAGCUUGAAAAAUCAAUGGGACAUAGUUACAUAGAGAUCUACAUUGAGGGAGAGUCCUUCAUGUUGCAUCAGAUAAGAAAAAUGGUUGCAACAGCCGUGGCAGUAAAGCGCAAAUUACUUCCAAGAGAUAUUAUAACACUCUCAUUGUCAAAGUUCUCGCGAAUCAUUCUACCUCUUGCACCAUCAGAAGUUCUAUUAUUAAGAGGAAACAGCUUCUCAAUGAGAACUAAGCCAGGAAAUGUAACAAGACCCGAAAUGCAGACAAUAGUUGAAUCAGAAGAAAUUAAUAAGGUUGUUGAUGAUUUUUACAGAUCAGUUAUGUUACCUCAAGUUUCAAAGUUUUUGGAUCCAUCAAGAGUUCCUUGGGUGGAAUGGAUUGAGAAAUUUGAUGCUCAUACAAGCAUACCAAAUGAUCAGUUGGACGAGGUCAGGAAGGCUAGGAACUUGUGGAAAGAAAAUUUUGAUAGUGUAAUGAGUGCGCAUCUUUGAUAAGUGUGUGAAGGGAAAAAGAGGCCAAGAUUGCUCUUCAUACCCUUUCGUUUGUUUCUUUUGAAUUUGGUCUCAAAAGAUACCUCAAUUAAAGCUUCCAUUGGCUAAGAAUAAUCUUUCCAUAGUUAGAGAUGGGAGGCUUCGUACUUUGAUACAGCUAAUCAUCUACCCUUAGAAAUUGAUGUAUACUUUCAUGUAUAGUUUCUAGCAUCUGAUUAUAGUAACGAGCUAUUAGAAAUUAUGCAGGCCUUUUCCUUUGAUUUUGUUACCUUAUAUUGAUACUGUAUUGAUGUGUAUUAUGGAGACGUAAUGUACGAGCCAUUAUUCUGCUGUAACUGGCUUAUUGUUUUGGUUC